CCAAAAACUAUAGCCUUAGAUUUGUGGAACCCCAAAAGCUCAUCUUCAACCUCUAUACGGGUCAUUUUGACCCGAUUUCAGACCCAUUACGUUCUCCGCCAUUACGGACAACUCCAAAUAGUGAUCUGAUAAUCAAGAUCUGCAACAAUUUUAUUUGCAGAUUCCGGCAGAGAUUGACUAAAAUGUAAGUAAUUUACAUUAUUCGGAACAUGUAAAACCUCAUUUACCGAGCAAAAUCGAUCGCAGCGAACCACGAGAAUUUUCGUAAUAUGCUUUAGUGACCUUUUGUCCUCGAAUAAUUUCACGGGAUAUGUGAUACCUCCUACCAGUAAGCAACAUGUAUCAUGUAACUCUGUGCACACAGAGAUGGGAAGAAAUCACAUUGAUUUGACCAUUCUUUCCUAGUAGCAUUUAGUUAUGAAACUUGUCUAAUUAGCUUGCUACUAUGAAUUUUCUGCUUUUGUCUUAGUGCUUUUGGGCAGUUGUUGCCCCAAAACGACAUGUUUUUCAUGAUGCUGGCGUCUAAAGUUACAAUCUUGUUGGCUAAGUGUAUGUCCAUCAACCAAACAAAGCAAAUCCAUGCUGCAAUACUUGUUAAUGGUCUUUUUGAUCUCGAGUCGUUACUAGUUCGACAGAUAAUCAACUCUACAAGUAGUUACUCUUAUAAUACUUCACACUAUAUUAAACUUAUCCUCAGUCAUGUGCGAAAUUUAGAUGUCUUCGCGGUGGCUUCCACCAUCCGUUUCUUGUCUAGGCAUUGUCAGUUCAGGGAGGCUGUUAAUUUAUAUGGAGAACUGCAGAGAUGUGGACUUAGUCCCAACACUUUUGCUAUAUCAUCUGCUUUAAAGGCUUGUGCAAGGAUUUUGUAUAGGUGUGGUGGGAUAUCGAUUCAUGCACAAGUUUACAAGUAUGGUUUUUGUAAUGUUGUCUAUGUGCAAACAGCUUUAGUAGAUUUUUACUCAAAAGUAGGUCAUAUGGAUUUGGCGCAGUGCAUAUUUAAUGAGAUGGUUGGGAAAAAUAUAGUAUCGUGGAAUUCAGUACUAAGUGGAUAUGUAAAAUCUGGUGACUUAACAAUGGCACAAAGUGUUUUUGAUGAGAUGCCAGAGAAAGAUGUUAUUUCGUGGAACUCGAUGGUUUCUGGGUAUGCGAGGAUGGGGAAUAUAGAACGGGCAUAUGCAUUGUUUAGACAGAUGCCAGAGAGAAGUCCUGCCUCCUGGAAUGCAAUGAUGAGUGGAUAUAUAGAUUGUGGGAAGAUAGAGUUAGCACGGAGUUUCUUUGAGGCAAUGGACCAAAAGAAUAGUGUUUCAUAUAUCAUAUUGAUUUCUGGAUACUCAAAAUGUGGAGAUGUUGAAUCUGCUGAGGAACUCUUUGGACAAUUACGUAAGAAAGAUGGACUAGUAUAUAAUGCCAUGAUAGCUUGUUAUGCUCAAAACAGCCGGGCAAAAGAGGCUUUGCAGCUGUUCAAUGAAAUGCUUCGAUUAGGUUUGCAACCUGAUGAAAUGACCUUGGCAAGUGCUAUUUCUGCUUGUUCUCAGCUUGGAGAUGUAAAGUUUGGUUCUUGGAUCGAGUCAUUCAUUCAUGAAACUGGAAUUCAAAUGGAUGACUACUUAGCCACCAGUUUGAUUGACCUUUAUGCAAAAUGUGGAAGUAUUGAUAAAGCUUACAAGUUGUUCCACGGCUUGAAAAAGAAAGAUUUGGUAGCAUAUACUGCUAUGAUACUGGGCUGUGGAAUAAAUGGUAGGGCUAAUGAUGCCAUCAAGUUGUUUGAUGAGAUGAUGAAUGCUGAAAUUAACCCAAACAUAGUCACAAUUACAGGGAUAUUGACUGCCUACAGUCACAUUGGAAUGGUAGAAGAAGGAUACCGUUGCUUUAUUUCCUUACAGAAGUAUGGUCUUUCUCCUUCAGUCGACCAUUACGCUAUAGUAGUUGACCUUUUAAGUAGAGCAGGGCGGUUAGACGAAGCAUAUGAGUUGAUUAAAAGCAUGUCAAUAGAGCCUCAUGCUGGUGUAUGGGGAGCAUUGCUUCUUGGUUGCAGUUUGCAUAACAAUUUAGAGCUUGGAGAGAUUGCAGCCACACACUGUGUUGAGUUGGAACCUGACAGUUCGGGCUAUCUUUCUCUUCUUGCAAAUAUUUAUGCUUCUUCAGGAAGGUGGGAUGAUGCUGAGAGGUUGAGAAAAGGUGUUGAAGAAAAAGGAUACAACAAAUUGCCUGGUUGCAGUUGGAUGGAAGAAGUAAAAGUUUAGGACGCCUUCUUUGGAAUGACGUAAUUCCAACUGCAUUACUUUAUUGUACCUGAGCUCUGUCAUUGUCAUCCACAAUAGGGAAGUAAUGCGAUGAAUGGUUUCAAUGAGUUCCCUUCCACCAUUUGCUUCAAAAGGAUAUUACUUGAUGAAGAUGACCGUUAAUUGGAGGUGGUUGAUAUUCUGGUUCUUAUCGGGAAACAACUACCCGGUAAAUAUGGUAGUGGGAGGUAGUAGAUUAGCAGAAUCAGCAGGACCUGUUUGUGAGAGUGGCUGCUUCAGAACUAGUAGUAGAAAUUAGGUGUACAGACGCAUCAAUGAAGAGGUGCGAGAGUUUGGUUAUAGGGGUACGCGAGGUAGGCCGAAAAAGUAUUGGGGGAGAGCUGAAGAGACAAGACAUGGUAUAACUUCAUAUUACUGAGUACAUGACUCUAGGUAGAAAAGAGUGGUGGUUGCAUAUUAGGAUAGAAAGUUAGUAGGGGUAAAGUAUUGUCUUGCCUUGCAAAGGUUUAGGCUGGUUAGUGCUUGUAGUUCUUGCUUUUGUUAUCUAUCACCGCGUCGGAAAAUUCCACUUAAACUGCUCCUUAAUAAAGGAAAUUAUGUAUCCAGAGGGACUCGAACUCGAGAUUUCUAAUUAAAAUGAAUGAAUAUUUAUCACUUUA